CAUAAACCCUAGCCACCUCUGUUCCCUCUCUUCUUGUCAAAACGAGAAAUUCGUGAAACCAACUGUACCCGCCGAUCUUCCUCUUCUUCACCAUGUCUACUCGCUUCUAGAAAGAAAAAUAAAACAGACCCAUGAACAGAUCUCGAUUCUCCCAAUCAAACCUCUCUAUUUUUCUUCGAUCUCCAGAGAUCUCAGCGAUUUUCUUUUCUCCCAUUUCCUUCUGCGUAUCACUAAUUUGAUCCCUGAUCUAUCCGUUGAAAUCUGCCUCUCUCCCUUCAAUACCUGUUUCGAUUUCCUUAAUUUUUGCCGGAGAAGUAAAAAAUCUGGUUAGAAUCGGAUUGGGUCUUCGAGAAAGUCGGUGAUUUCUUUGGAAAUAGACAGAGAUUAGUGGGCGCGUAGAUAGAAGGAGGCGCUUGACUACGCCAAUUUCCGAGUGAAGAAGGAGUAACAAGUCAAGCCAGUUGUGGCGAAUCCAGUUGCGGAAACACGGAGUCGUAUGAGCAACGUAUAGAUGCCGUCGGUGGGAAUGAGACGAACCACAAGGGUUUUCGGGGUGGUUAAAGCCGCAGACGGAGCCCGGGUCCUCCGCUCGGGUCGCCGGAUCUGGCCCAACGUCGACGAACCGAAGGUGAGGCGAGCUCAUGACGUUAUGGAUCGAGAUUGGAAUUGCCUUUUGAAAAAUCCCAGCAACAAGGGCAAAGGGAACAAGGUCUCUGGUAGAAGCAACGGCGCUGGAAGCAAGCCCUGUAGCCCGAGAGAAACCUCCAGUGAGAAACGCCACAAAGAAGAAGACUUUCCGGUCGACAAACGGCGGGAUGUGACAACUGAAGCUGUGGGAGAUGAAAAGACUGUGGAUAAGAUGUUUGGGAUUGUAUAUAGUAGGAAAAGGAAGAGACUUUCUGACCAGUCAAGUGAUAGAUCAGAGGAGCCACCGCGAAGCCUCAAGUUUUAUUGCAGGCGAAGGAAACCAUCUGACCGGGUUUCUCCACGACGACUCUAUGGUCCUGUGAUUACUCUUACAGUAGAUGCGUCGUGUGAGGACUGCUGGCUUUCAACUGUUUUCGGUUUGGUUAAGAGAUACAUGAGGAGGGGACAUUUGAGGCUGUCUUCACUCGCUUCUUUUUUCUUGUCUCAACCUAUCAAAGACGUGUUUGCUGACCAUGGCGUGCGAUUUCUUGCGGAGCCUCCCCUAAGCUCAAGGGGCGUCUGCAAAUUCUUUGGGACCAUGAAUUGUCUUCCUCUGCUUUCAGCUGAUUUUACUGCCCUUCCUCGAUGUUUCAUGGAUAUGCAUUUUACUCUGUUUCUCAGAGUGGCACCACGCUCCUUUGCUUUCGUGAAAAAAUCUCUGUAUCUGCUAAACAAUCAGGUUGAAGAAUCUGAUUCAGAGUCUGAAUUAGUUUUAUCUGAACCGUGUAAUCCGAGGAACGGAGGCGUAGUUGGGUUACAUCCGUCAGUAAGAGCCUCGAAGCUAACUGGAGGGAAUGCUCAAAAUAGAGGCAAUUUAGGUUUUCAUACUAUCCAGAAGAGGAGAAGCUCCUUGAGAAGGAGAAGAGCAAGAAACCUUUCGCAUAGUGUUCACAAGCUGACCAAUGGCACGUCGCUUUCUGAACUAUCAGGAAGUUGGAAAAACAGGACAGUAGCAGUGUCGUCAAGAAAGCUCAGAAGCUCAGUGCUGAAUAACUCAUCUCCGGUUUCAAAUGGGAUUAGUAUCAUUCCGAAGCCCAAGACAAAAGAGGAACUUGAUUCUCUAUCUUGUUCUGCGAACAUAUUGGUGAUAGGUUCAGACAGAUGCGCCAGAGAAGAAGGGUUUAGUGCCAUGUUGGAGUUUUCGUCUUCAAAUGAGUGGUUCGUUGUUAUUAAGAAAGAUGGUGUAGUCAGAUACAGCCACAAGGCACGAAAGAAUAUGAGACCUUGUUCGUGCAACCGGUUUACACAUUCUAUAGUAUGGCUGGGGGAUAACGAUUGGAAGCUCGAGUUUUGCGACAGACAAGAUUGGCUCGGUUUUAAGGAGAUGUAUAACGAAUGCUAUGAACGGAAUAUACUGGAACAGAACGCGAAAGUCAUUCCUAUACCUGGGGUAAGAGAAGUGUGUGGGUAUGCAGAGGAUAUUGCUGUGAUUCCCUCAUUUUCUAUGCCAGUUGCAUAUAUUUCUGUGAAAGAAGAUGAGAUUUCGAGGGCCAUGGCUCGAAGUCUUGCGAUUUAUGACAUGGAUUCUGAAGACGAAGAGUGGCUGGCAAGGCAGAACGAGGAAGAUGAGCAAUCUCAACGACUUGAGCAGGACACUUUUGAAUUGAUGAUUGAUGGGUUUGAAAAGUGCUAUUUCCAGAGCCCUGCCGAUGAUCUCUUGGAUGAGAAAGCAGCCACUGUAGCUAGUCUUUCGUAUCUGGGUAGGCAAGAGGUGGUUGAAGCGGUACAUGAUUACUGGGCGAGAAAAAGGAAGCAGCGGAAAGCACCACUCCUCAGAGUUUUCCAGGGUCAUCAAGCGAAGAAAACACCUCUACUUUUCAAGCCUGUGUUUCGUAAGAGAAGAUCCUUCAAAAGGCAGGGUAGUCAACUGCAGGGAAAAUCCAAACAGCCAAGUCACGGGGCAGUUAAGGCAGCUGAACAAGAGGCUUCAGAGGAGCAAAACGUUUUUCUUAGAGUGGAAGAAGCCAAGGCCUCGGCUGAUGCAGCCAUGGAGAUUGCCAUCGCCAAAAGAAAAAGAGCCCAAGUUCUUGCAGAGAAUGCAGACUUGGCUGUUUACAAAGCCAUUGUGGCUCUCAGGAUCGCAGAAGCCAUGAAAGUAGCUGAAUCUAGCGAUGCAGCCACAUCCCUUUUCUUGAACUAAUAAUAUGGUGAAGAUAGAAAAUUCGCAAGCUUGCUUGGCAAAUGUUACUCGAGUUUUAUCGAAAGUUGGGUUCUUUUGGGGAAUUUUUCAGAGAGGAUGAUUUGAGAUAUAGUCUCUGUAGCUUAUGGUUAUGUGUAUAGUUUCUCUACGCUGAGAUUGUAAAUGGGUUUAGAAGUUUAGGUUUCUCUUUCUUUCUUUUUUUAGGGUUUUUGUUUUUUUGUUCGUCCUCACUCGAUGUACUACCGUAACAUGCUCCUUCCUCUCUUUUUUUCGUUUUUCUUCGGACAAUUAUAAUUUGAAGAAAUGGGAAAAAAAAAAUUACAGGAGAGAUUUGGCAAUGAAUCGGUGGUAGUCUAGACUCUGCAAGGACUAAUCUAAUCUGAGUUAAGUAGAUGAAAAUUAAGCUCACUCAUCAACAAUCUGC